AUGAUCAUCGGUGAUCAACUUGCCAUCGGCAAAGAGGCUGGGUAUUGGCUUGGCAUGGGUACCAACAUGUAUCCAUCUUCUUCCCUUCUUGGCCAAUGCAAGGACGAGUCCAUUGCCUCAAUUCCUGAUGAAGAGCUCAUUGAGAAGGCAGACAGUUUUGCUGGUGUCUUCCCUGAGCACAAACACAAGAUCGUGAAGAAACUGCAAGAGAUGAAGCACAUUUGUGGUAUAACGGAUGAUGGUGUGAAUAAUGCACCAGCACUCAAGAAGACAGACAUCGAUAUUGCAGUGGCAGAUGCAACUGAUUCUGUUCAUCCGACAUUUUUCUGA